ACCAUUGGAGGCUUCUUCACCAACUCAACGCCCACAUAUACACAGAAGUAGCUUCUUCAGAUCUGAAGCCCUAGCCAUGUCGCUUGUGACGAACGAAGAUUUCCAGCACAUUCUUCGUGUUCUGAACACGAACGUUGAUGGAAAGCAGAAGAUUAUGUUCGCUCUCACCUCCAUUAAAGGUAUUGGUCGGCGAUUCGCCAACAUUGUCUGCAAAAAAGCCGAUGUCGACAUGAACAAGAGAGCCGGUGAGCUAUCAGCUGCGGAGCUUGAUACCCUCAUGACGAUUGUUGCCAACCCUCGCCAGUUCAAAAUCCCUGACUGGUUUUUGAACAGGAAGAAGGAUUACAAGGAUGGAAGAUAUUCUCAAGUUGUGUCCAAUGCGUUAGACAUGAAGCUGAGGGAUGAUCUUGAGAGAUUGAAGAAGAUCAGGAACCACCGCGGGCUUCGUCACUACUGGGGUCUUCGGGUGCGUGGGCAGCACACUAAGACUACUGGCCGCAGGGGAAAGACUGUUGGUGUCUCCAAGAAGCGAUGAUCUGGUUUUGCAUUUUUUUUCUUUUUCUCACUAUGGAUGUUUUGUUCUCAUGUUACGAGUUUUACUAGUUUAGUUUACGGGAUAAUUUUUGGAUGUUGAGUAGUUGCAACUUCACAUAUUUCCUUCGAGCUUAUAUGCGAAGUGUAACAAGUUUUCUUCUUUCUUUAGUCCCACUAGUUUUAUUUCGACUGAAGUAUGUAGAGAACAAUGAAUGGCUUGUUAUCUUGAUGAAUUUUAUGGAAGGAAGUUGAGAAUGAGGAAUAGUUUUUUCUAAGUUUA